AUGCGCCAGAUCGGUAAACAGCAUGGUACAGCGGCUAAGGACAAGAUCAUUCGGUGCAUUGGUUUCUACGCGGAAUUGUUUCAACGGCAUUGUCAUCUCUCGUGGUCAGACGUACGGACUGCUGUUCGGCCAUUCGAGGAGAAUGUCAAGAAGAUGUGGCCCAACUUACAUGAAGAAAUGAAAGGAGUUGCCGACGGCUCGGCUCAGUCAUUGGUUGAUAUCGUAGCGUUGAAUGUACGAACUGAAAUUGCAUUUGGGAAGUUUUCAGAUGGUUGCACUUCACUGGCAUGGCUCACCAAGGAUAACGCGUUCCUUGGCCAGAAUUGGGAUUGGCAAGAAAAGCAAAGACAAAAUCUGAUACUGCUGAAAAUCACACAGCCUAAUAAGCCGAUCAUUCGAAUAAUGACUGAGGCAGGCAUCAUUGGCAAGAUAGGGUAUAAUCAUGUGGGCGUUGGGGUCUGUUUGAAUGCCUUAAGAGCUCCAGGGGUGGAUCCAAAUCGCUUACCGGUUCAUCUUGCCCUGCGACUUUCUCUAGAGUGCUCCUCUGCCAGCGAUGCUGUCCAGAUGCUUGAGAAAUGGGGCGUGGCAUCAUCAGCACAUAUGUUGAUUGCAGAUAAGCAUGAAGCUUUCGGUGUGGAGACAUCUGCGAAGACAAUGCAAAAAAUCCUGAGAGAUGGCUUGGGACGAAUCAUUCAUUCUAAUCACUUUCUCCUUCCUCAUCCAGGCGUGGUCGACACGAAAUGGCUCGAAGAUUCUCCCUUCAGGGUCGACAGAAUGCGUGAGCUUACAGACGAACUCAAUGAUGGUCCGGCAUGGGAUAUGAUAUUGAAGCUUUUUGAAGACGAAAGAAACUCACCGGCUUCCAUUUGUCGGUAUGAGCUUGGGAGUAGUACUUUCGGCACGUUGUUUAACAUUGUGAUGGACUUGAAAGGAGGCCGCGUCGUAGUGCGAAUGGGUAAACCGAGUCAGGUAGAAGAGGUGAUCAGUAUGACCUUCUAAUUUCUGGAACAAUCUUGGUGUAUCUAUGAAUAUCAUGCCUGUAGUCACGGAGUAGUUGGAACUGAUAUUGUUUUUCUUGCAAGAAAGUGCCGAUAAGAUAAGAUCGGCCUUCUCUUAUCUUAAGGCAC